AUGUUGGGGCCGACGGCGGAGGACCAGUCUUCGAAGUGGAAACGUUGGUGUUCGAUUGCGUUCCAUCGGAUGAAGAACGAGUUGUUGGCAUCGCCGAGUGCAGGUGCGUUCAUUGACACGGAGACGCAGGAGAUCAGCAUCCUGAACGAGCGUAAGGGCAGUCGCGAGUGCGGCGCCGCUGGUGGUGAAGGCGAUUCGAGCUGGCAGUGGCUGGGUGCAUAUCAGGACUGGCUGUUGGUGGCGCUGGUGGGCGUAGCGACGGCCGUCUGCGCUGCCUGGAUCGGUUUCGUGGCCGAGCAUUUGUCCGACCUAAAGUUCGGCUUCUGUCGAGGCCUACCGUGGCUGAAUCGCGAACUCUGUUGCGGUUCACCGGCUGCAGUGGACAUUUACGGAAACAGCUGCCGUCCCGUGACCAAGUUCAAACCCAACAUGCUGACCGACCUGGGCCCUGCCGGCAUCCUGCAAGCUGCCGGCAUAGCACCCGACGUCGGCGCCGACCUCUCGGCCGCCGUCGGACACACCGUGAACCAGAGCGCUACCUGGUUAUCCUGGUCUGCGCUUAUUGCCGGCGAAGCUGGACUCUGGAUCGAGCAUCUCGACUGGGUGAUGUACGUCAGCAUCGGCACCUUCCUCGCGUACGCCGGCGGCGUCCUCGUCCUGGCACUGGCCCCCGCAGCUGGAGGGUCCGGCAUUCCCGAGGUCAAAACGGUCCUCGGCGGCUUCUGGCUCAAACGCGUCAUGCAUCCCUGGACCCUCAUCGUCAAAACGCUGGCGCUCGCGCUCUCCGUCGCCUCCGGCCUAGGUCUGGGCAAAGAAGGACCCAUGGUACACAUCGGCGCCGCCUGGGCGUCGAUUCUUUCCUACCGACCCAGCGCGCACACGCGUGUGCACACGCGCGCGCCGAAAAAUUACUCCGCCGAACCGAGCAAAGUCAACGCGCUAAUCAGCGCUGGCAGUGCCGCGGGUGUCGCCAGCGCCUUCGGCGCUCCCCUGGGUGGCGUCCUCUUCGCCCUGGAGGAGGUCUCCACCUACUUCCCGCCGAGUACGCUGUACAAGACGUUAUUCUGUGCCGUGGUCUCGGCCGUCGUACUCAAAAACGUCUCCGGCGCCCGCAGUGGCAACGGUACCAUCUUCCAACUGGACACUCUCGGCGGCUCCUGGGGCGUCAAAGAAAUACCCAUGUUCCUCGUCAUCGGCGUCCUCGGAGGUGUCGUGGGCGCCAUUUACAUAAUUGCAUGCAAACACCUAACCCUCUUCCGAAUCAAGUGCCGUAAGAAAGAAAUCUCAGUACCGUUCUUGUCGUUUAUUUACGGAGGCGAUGGGUUGCGUGAGCUAUGUUUCGUGGGCUUCUUGGCGAACGUGUUUAACUACGCGUGUCCGAUCUUGCGCGUGUCUUCAAUUUUUUGUAUGUCGCAAUUGUUCUCGAGAUGUGGCCAGGUGGAUCCUACGACGGGUGCGGACAUAUUCGGUUUGUGUGCUCGUACGGGCGUAACUGGCGAGGAGUUGUUGACAGUGCCGAAUGUGGAAAUGGUGACGCCGAUCGACUUUGAUGUUGCCUUGGGGCCGGUGGGCCACAACACGAGUUUGUCUUUGAUGUUGCAGUUGUUUGUGGCAUUCUCUGUGUACGGUGUGACUGCGUGGUUGACCUACGGCACAUGUGUACCGGCUGGCUUGUUUGUACCGACGUUAACAAUGGGGAGUUUGUUGGGCCGUAUCAUCGGACAUGUGACGAUUGGAUUCCAGACGUAUUGGCGUUUUAUGAAGUGUGUUGACUGCAUCCACCCGGGAGCCUACAGUUUAUUGGGUGCUAUUGCAGUGCUAAGUGGUGUUAGCCGCAUGACGGUGUCUAUGGUCGUGAUUGCGUUCGAGAUGAGCGGCGGAUUGGCCUACAUUGUGCCUUACAUGCUGGUCACACUUGUGGCUAAGGGUGUUAGCGAAUUUAUUACCGAACCCUCCAUCUACGACGACGCCAUCGAGAUCAAACGGCUCCCCUUCCUGCACAUGACCCCACUCAAGUCCGAUCACCAAAUCGCCUUUGGUCUUCACGCGCGCGACAUCAUGACCGCCCAAGUCGUCUGCAUCAGCCUCGCACAACAGUGGACCGUCCGUUGGAUACUUACACUCCUUACCGACUUCACCUUCUCCCACUACCCCGUCGUCAGCGACAUCGACAACCGCAUCGUCAAAGGCGUCGUCAGCGGCAAGGAACUUCGCGCGGCCGUCGCCAAGAUUAACCUCGCUUCUUUGGAGUACGGCCAAAUCCCGGUCUCCUUUACCGCCGCCGACAGCGAUGGCUCCGCGUUGGACUUUAGCAAUUUGGUCCACCCUGUUCUGAUGAUUGCCCACCCCGACAACAAUCUUAGUCAUAUCCACCACUUGUUUGUGCAACUCGGACUCAGCUACAUGAUUUUUGCGGAAGAAGGAAGACUCGCCGGAGUUCUCAGCAAAAAGGCGUUCCUCGCUAGGCUGGAGAAACUGAGGCACUAA